GUUUUUGAAUUCCACAUAGCAUGACAUUGUUAACUGCUCAUAAUUAAAUACACUUCCAUACAUACGUCUCCUGUUUUAUCAUGUUUGUGGAUGUGAUAACGGAACGAUUAAUUAACUAUCAUCUAUAUUUAGAGACUUUUGUAACAUUCACAUUACGUUCUACGUUCGGAUAUACUACUUGAGCCAUAUCGUCUCAUUGGAAUUAUUAUUUACCUAUAAUUGUGGAUUCUGGUACCAAAACCAACGAGACACACGCCAACCUGCCGAUUUAAGUCCGGUGGUUACAAAUGUCGUUAUACUUUUGAAAUUAUAAACAUCAUUCAAAUGGUUCAAAUGGUUCAAAUGGUUGUGGACGGAAUAGAAGAAGCUUCCGCUUAACAGGCUUCCGUGUCAAGUAGCAGGGGAUCACCAAAUCCUUCAGACAGGAACCUAGAAUGUUCUGCUUUUUUUACCACUGCCUGCCUAAUUUCCAAUUGCUGAGUUCCAUGGCCAAACAGAGGAUACGAAUGCUAGAAAUUCACGACUGUUCGUCAGUCUACAACGCUGUGUUAAUCGAAAAAUUUAAUCAACAGUACCUCGUACAUAAUCCAGAUUCAAACUACUGCCUACUUCAUAUCUUCAUUACUUAGAGGCAAGAGUAACCCAGGCGAGUUUCAUAAUUUCAUUAGAUUAUUUCGUACUAUAUUUAUGAUGCGUGAUAACAUUUCGUAGUUGCUUUCACGUAAACUAGUCAUAUACUCUGUCGCUGCCGUCAAGUUUUAGUCGAAAUCAUGUACAUUUAUGACUCGUUAGUCGACAUACUGUGGUAAAACAUAUUGCAUGUACACGAGCACGCUUAGUCCAUGUCCCAAGUACACACGUUGUCGUACUUAAUAUGUCACUUCACGCUAGGUAAUAAGCUCUUUGUAUCAGCCUUUUACGAAAUGGCCACGUUACCUGGAUCCUAUAAACCUUAGUUACAUUGGUGGUUACCAUUUUAAUUAAUGUUUAUUAUACCCCUUGUAUUUGCUAAUAAUUCACACGGUAAAUCAUGGCUCGAUUUCCUUAUUACACGACAGUCAUUUUAAUUCUAUUUUCGGUUUAUUUACAUGCGAUACGGGUUUGAAAAAUAUCUAAACGUCCUCAAAAAUUCUCCACGAACCCAACCAUAGUUUUCGUAUAUGUUUUUAUUCACACAUCCAACUGUUACGCUAAUAAUACCUAAGCGAGCGUUCAGUGCAACUGUCAGCAUACGUAAGAACGAUGUUAUUUAGACUUGACAUUGUAACACAUCUGAACUAUUGUAGUUGUUCUACUUCGAUGUCGUACUUCAUUUUAUGAAGUAUUGUUUCCUCUUGGCUGUUAUUUAACAGAUGAUUCCGGUACAUCAAUCGGCUGUUUAACUACUCGACGAUUUACAACCUGUCCAGUUCAAUUGGUGGUCUGACGACAAUAUCAUUCGCGCGAAUCAUCAGUUUAUGCAGUCGAGCGAAUCUCCUGCAAACUGAAAACGAUAUUGUCGCCUCUAUCCCAACACUGACAGCGUUUUUCACGGGUAUCAUUGACAUGAGUCCAGAGUGACACUCUUGGUUUCUUAUGUUCUUUUCGACAAUUUUCUGUUCACUAACCGAACAAACACGCAGCAUUCACCGUUUAUCAUCUUUUAGAGACUUCAUCGUGCCACCUUUGCUGUGGAUUUGUAGCCUUCAACCCUUACUGACUGUAACAGCAGUCAUCGACUUUUCAAACUGUGACUACAAGUUGGUCAAUAGCUUCGCACAACGAAAUCACGACCACUCUUCACUGUUAUACUUCUGUACUUACGGUUAGUCUGUCAGAUAUAGAUAUAACUAGAAUUCGACACUAAUUAAUAGCUGUCAACGACACUGUUCGACUUACAACUUUAAACAAAUGACAGUACAAAUAUGGAUAUCGAUUGAUAAUACACUUGUCCUACUAUCGCUAUAGCAUCAUUACUCUUGCGGCAGACUUAACGUUUGUCAUCGGAGGAACUGAAUUACUUGUCAAGGCUAUAUAUUUCAGCGCGACUUGAUAGAACAAUAAAACGUUUUGUUCUUUUCAUUAUUUCUAUGAUUAAUCAAUUUACGUUUAAGCAACGUCCUACUAACAUAUUAUGACUCGCUGUUUCCCGACCAGUUUCUGCCGCCUCCUUUCCAUUUGUUUUACAGAUAAGCAAUACCUGGAGGAUUUAUAAUAUUCGUUUGGCACUCUCCGGCGAGCGACUGCUCCCAACAUGUUUGGUACCGAUUCAAACGGCCGCUGAAUCUGGUGGGGGAGUAUUGUAGGGCCAGUGAAAUGUCACUGAGCCCUAGCCAAAUCAUCUGGCAGUUGGAUCACUGAAUGUCGAACAGAUCAUCGCUCCCUGCCAAGGUUAUGGAAUACCUCGUCGGUGGUGACCUUAAGUCACUUUUGCUGGUUAUGGGCUGUCUUCAAGAAUCUCACGCUGCUAUCUAUACUGUUGAAAUUGCAAUAGCCUUGGAAUAUCUUCAUACACAUGGAAUAAUCCACCGUGAUCUUAAACCGGAUAAUAUACUUAUUGACUCCAAAGGACAUUUAAAGCUGACGGAUUUUGGUUUGUCUACUAUAACAUGGAAGCGUCCCUUGCAGCCAAGUGACGUUUUGAAUACACCAUCUGUCGUCCCGUUACCUUUUCAAUACUACCGAACUCCUGGCCAACUUAUCUCGCUGACAACUGAACUGGCUUUCACAGAUACACCUAUCCUACAUAAAACUCAUGAGGUUCUGGAGGAACGCUUAUUGACUUCGCGCGAUGACGAUGCCAAAACGUGUUUCUCCCCCCAGUGUUUAUCUUCAGCAAAAAAUUACUUUACUAAUUGUGAUGUUUCAAAUUCAUUGCAUAAAUCCUCUUCAGAACAUUGUUUUGGGUCUGUAGCAUUUUUCGAUGGACAACAUAUCUGUGAUUUACAACGAUUCAGAAGUUUUAGUGAUUUUGGUAAUAAAUCAUGGAAAUCUCACUUUCGUCAACAUUUGAUUCAUUGGUCGCCAAUAUCCAGAAAAUCGCAUGCCACGUGUUCUCAAAAUUUUGAAAUAUCGGAAAUCCAUUCAGAUGAGCUACAGACGUCUUACUCCAGUCGAGUUAAUUCUCUUAGAACUGGCUAUAAAUUAUGUCACCGUCAACGUCAUAACUACAAUCCACUUCCGAAAAAUGGACCAACUUCUGACUUAUCUGCUACUCAUAGUUUAGCAAUUGACAAAUCAAAAACAUCAGUAAUUUUGAAGCCAUCAUAUCGCAAUCAGGAAUGUCAGAAUGUGGAAAAAAUGCUUAGAAAUACAGCUUCGUGUUUGGAAAUUUCUUCUUUAAAUAGAGAUAUUCAGGAUUUGGUUUUGAACUCCUCUCCAUGUAAUCUGACUGAUAGAAAUGAUUUAAAGCGAAAUACUUCGACGGAAAAUAUAUUGUCUCCAGUUGAAAAAGCCAGAUUGAGCCUGUUCCGUCAUUCACCGUUAUCCCACUGUUUAGAUAUAAGUGGCGAUUAUUUAUUAAAUGAUAUUGAUCUCUCGAAUCCAUCUAUGGAUGACUGUAUAACUUCUCCAGUGUUACUUAAUACACCUUUAAAAUUUCCUCAUCAUUCUCCUGCUUCUAUAGUUAAAAAAAGUAGCAAACAUUUAACUCGGAAUUUCCACCCAAUCGAAUCAGAAAGUAAUCUUCCUGCUCAAACAUUGCUUUAUUCUAGUCCUUUAUGUUCCAUGCAUAUAAAUUCAACUUGUAAACGUCAGCGGUUCGACAAGAAACUGAUCACUUCGUUGAAUAGUACACCAGCAAUUAAUCCACUUCAAGUUACUACAGAAUCACUUGAAAAUAUAUCAAAUCUGGAGAGCUUAUCUAGUCACUUGUUAGGUACUCCGGAAUAUUUGGCACCAGAAUUAUUACUUCAUCCUAAUUCCAAAAGUGCAUGCGAUAGUCCAGCUGUCGAUUGGUGGGCUUUAGGUGUUAUAUUAUUUGAAAUGUUAGUUGGUGUAACUCCAUUUGCAGAUGAAACUGUAGAAAAUGUGUUUCACAAUAUUCUAAGUUUAGAUAUACACUGGCCUGUUGCUACUACAUGUGGAUCAUCUUUUAACAUAAAUGAAUCACCACAAAAAAACUGUGAACUUUCACGAGCAGCUGUAAACUUAAUUAGUGGCCUCUUAUCCUAUAAUCAAACAGACAGACUUCAAGUUGCAAGUCAAAUAAAGUCAAGUGAUUUGUUAAUACCUGUUGGUGAUUGGAAUAAUUUACAUGAUUUAGAAAUGCCUUUCAUUCCUGAUCCUGAUAAUUCAACAGAUACAUUUUAUUUUGAUAUUCGUAAUCGGUACAAUCAAUAUAGCGAAGCGGAUCUAUGUGCAAAUGUGAAAUGACGAAGUCUAUGACUUAAUUAAUUAAUUUUCGCUGUACAGGUACUAUUAUUGAUACACAUAUUUGUACUUGUGAAUAAAUGUUUAUUUAUCAGCUUCUUUAACAUGCGUAAUUUUUCCGUUUCCAUAUCUUAAAAAAUCGUUUUUAAUUAUGUCAUAUGUAUAACAGUAAGUUAGCGUAGCUCAUGUAAUGCUUUAAUUUAUAAUUGUAUUACAAAUUGAGUGUCUAUUAAAAAUAAAUUAUUUCUUUCGCUUUU